AUGCUGAUCCUCGUGUACACAGCUGUGUUCUUUUACCUCAAGCAGUCAGCCGGCGCCGAGCCGAAUGCAACAUGUCCAACCCGAUGCGAUGUGAAUACCUGUCCGGGCCCUAGCUGCCCCAACGGCUACGUGCUGGACCGCUGCAGCUGCUGCCUGGUGUGCGCCCUGGGGGAAGGAGAGCCGUGCGGCCGCCGGGACGAUCUGCCGUGUGGGGACGGACUACAGUGUAAACACAAGGCGAGCAAGCUUUUCUCCAACGGAUUCUGUCAGUGCAAGUUGAGCCACGGAGUUUGCGGCAGCGACGGGAAGACCUAUGUUAAUGUUUGCCAUCUGGGGACGAGCAGCAGGAAGGCCCUGCAGCUUGGACUCUCCGGCAUCACCCAAGUCCUGCGUGGAGCGUGUGACGCCAGCAUAGAUCCUUCAUAUGCCGCCAGUCCUCGUUACAAGUUCAACUUCAUAGCUGAUGUAGUGGAGAAAAUCGCUCCUGCUGUGGUCCACAUCGAGCUCUUUCUCAGGCAUCCUCUCUUUGGUCGCAACAUCCCUCUGUCUAGUGGAUCUGGAUUUGUGAUGGCAGACAAUGGACUUAUUGUGACUAAUGCCCAUGUAGUCUCCAGCACUACGCCAGUAUCCGGUCAACAACAUAUCAAGGUCCAGAUGCAUAAUGGUGAUGUAUAUGAAGCCAGCAUCAAAGACAUGGACAAAAAAUCGGACAUUGCUACCAUCAAAAUAAACUCACAGACAAAGCUGCCUGUGUUGUUUUUGGGCCACAGUGCGGACUUGAGGCCAGGAGAGUUUGUGGUUGCGAUUGGCAGCCCCUUUGCCCUCCAGAACACUGUCACCACUGGCAUCGUCAGCACUGCACAGAGAGAUGGCAAGGAGCUAGGCCUGCCGGACUCUGACAUGGACUACAUCCAGACAGAUGCUAUUAUCAACUACGGGAAUUCCGGCGGACCUCUUGUCAAUUUGGAUGGGGAAGUGAUUGGCAUCAACACCCUGAAAGUUGCAGCGGGAAUCUCAUUUGCCAUUCCCUCUGACAGGAUCACUCGUUUUCUUAAUGAUUCACUUGACAAGCAUAACAAGGAUGUAGGCGUAAAGAAGAAGCGUUUCAUUGGAAUCAAGAUGCUCACAAUCACACCAGCGUUAACUGAAGAGCUAAAACAGCAGAAACCAGAUUUCCCUGAUGUUAGCAGUGGGAUUUAUGUCCAUGAGGUCAUUCCACACUCACCUGCACAGAAAGGUGGUAUCCGAGAUGGUGACAUUAUUGUCAAACUAAAUGGCAGACCACUGAUGACAACAGCUGACCUGCAGGGGGCGCUGCAGGAGGAGACAGCCUUGCUACUGGAAGUCAGGAGGGAUAAUGAUGACCUGCUCUUUAAUAUCGAACCUGACAUUAUUAUGCAGUAG